UGCCUAUUACAAUCUCCUUUCCCCAUUCCUCCUAUGAUUUACAGAAUUGAUUAACUUCAAAAUUCUGCUGGCGCCUUUCGAAGUGCCUCAUUAACACAUUAAGGGAGCCGUAAUGGGUGAUCGGCUGUGUGGCUGAUUGGAAUAUAAGGAAUGACGAGUGAACAACCUGCUAUAAACUGCUCGACCUUGGGCUACGGGAGCUUGAAGUGAGGGCUGUUUCACACGCAGCACAGAGCCACUGAUUAUUCGGAAAGUGCCCGAGUAACCCAGUGGGAAAACAUGCGGUCCGUGAUACUGGCGGCGCUGGUCGUGGUGUUCACUGUGUCUGGAGUUAGCACGCAGAACCUGAUUCGGCUCUGCGGCGUCGACUUUCAACGAGCCCUCAUCCACCAAUGUGGGGCUUCUCGCUGGAGGAGAGGGUUCGGAUCCGCUUUGCUCGGGGAUACGAAGUCUUCGUUUGUGGCUAAUUCUGAUUCUUCGGAGAAACUGACGUUGUCCGACGAAGGGAAUUUGAGCAACAAGCCAAGUCUACUGGAGGCUCUCCAAAGUCCAUCCCGAAUCAGACGCAAUGAGCUGAACAAAAUCGCCGAUAUUUGCUGUAAAACGGGCUGCAACAAGCAACAUCUGAAUAGCAUCUGCUAAAGCGCAGGAGUCUGCCUGAUGAAUAUAGCUGUCACCAAUUGUUGUUUACAGCAGCUUCGGCAAUUUUUUAAAAAAGCGAAAUAAAUUUGGGAGGUGAAAAAUAUAUUGUAAAA